AUGCCACAUAAGGUCAAACUUGACCCCAGAAGCAUCAAGAACCCGAUGCUCCGGCUCGACUGCCGUUGCGGCCCGUGGUGCACCAGAGAGAGAGGUCGACGCGUUGCCCCCGCCGGCGACCCCGCGCGGCUCAGGCCAGCCAGAAGGUGUGUGGUGACGGCACCGUGGCAGGAGUGCGGAGAAGAGCUCGCCGAACGCGAGCAGCAGAUGGCCAAAAAGGAGCUCGCCGUGACACGAUGCCGGGCGGUGGUGGUGCUCUGGCGACUGUGCACAGUGGGCAAAGUCAGGCUGCAACAGGGCAGCACGUUGGUAGUGCCCUGCUGCAGCCUGGCCUGA